CAACUACUCUCACUCGUCUCACCAUGAAGCUCUCCAUCGCCCUCGCCUCCGCCAUGCUGGCAUCCAUCGCUUCCGCCGAAUACACCGGCAACCUCUUCUUCGCGAAAGCCGGCAAAUGCUCCGACGAAGGCGAAAGCGACCCCCAGAUGGAAAUCUCCUACCCCCCCUCCGACGGCGGUGUCUGGUGUAAAGAAGUCACCUACAAGUCCGAAAACUACGGUCUUACCCUUGACAUGAUCAACGCCGGAAGCAACUUUCCUCCCAAGUAUCUCAAGGGAUGCUCCGACUCGGCGUGCAAGAAGUGCGGCAAGGCGGACAAGAUUACAUCGCAGGAUACGGGCAUUCGCAUUGACUGUGCGCAGCUGACGAAUGCGCCUUAUGUUUACAUUGGGGAUAGUGAUUAAGGCUGGUUCAUGCACUAUGAAUAUCUGGUUUCUUUAUGUUGUUUACUCUAGCACUUUGAUGUACUACUAUAAUUCCAACUUCCUUCGGUGCCU